AGAGAUGUUGUUGAACCAAAUGAUGUCACUGAUGAAGAUACUUAUGAUGAACGGAGUGGUGAAAUGGUUGAUGAUGAUACAAAAUCACCUGGAGAUAUAGGAGUUGAUGAUUCGUUAGAUGAACUACAUUAUUUGUUAUCAUGA